AGAUAAAGCUAUCGAGAGUCUCAUCGAUUGUUCUCCCUGACCACUGUCAAAAUUUCAGCGUCUUCAUGGCAGAUAUUUCUUCAUACAUCCGCCAACAUUAGCAAACGUUUGCAGAAGUUUUAUAGAAAAGAAAACAUCUCGGAUCUAAUCUCAAUUGUCUUAAAAAAACUAAACCAAUUAUAAUGGCGCUCGUCAAACCAAAGUCUGAACUGACACCUGAGGAACUGGCACGUCAGGAAGAGGAGGAAUUUAACACUGGCCCGCUCUCCGUCCUUACUCAAUCCGUGAAAAACAAUACACAAGUCUUAAUAAAUUGUCGCAAUAAUAAAAAACUGCUUGGAAGAGUCAAGGCUUUCGAUCGUCACUGCAAUAUGGUAUUGGAGAGCGUGAAGGAGAUGUGGACUGAGUUGCCGCGUACAGGCAAAGGCAAGAAGAAAGUGAAGCCCGUGAACAAAGAUCGGUUCAUAUCGAAAAUGUUUCUACGUGGAGAUUCGGUGAUUUUGGUAUUGCGAAAUCCUCUGGCAACAGCUGCAGGGAAAUGAGCUACAAACAGAAGCAUAUAUAGCAAUAAAAAAAAUAAGUACAUAUACCUAAGUCUAAUCGCGAAUAAAUAAACACAAUUUUAAUUUUUUUAAAAGCAGUUAAAAAG